AUUUGCGUUAAAACUGGAGUGGCGCGAUAAGAAUACUAAUAACAUUUCUAAACAUAAACGAAGUUAAGUGGCUCGAAACGAUUUGGCAUUACAUUUUAUCCUACACCAACCCUUCGAAUUUCUUUAUCUAUCGCUUAUCUGAGUGAAGCUUUUCGCAAAAUCCGAGUAUAUAAGAGUGGUUUCGAAUAUUUAAAAUAGAAAAUAGAAUAGAAGGAUCCAGUAUUCCGGCCACAAAGUACGGGCGCAAGAAUCCGUUAUUAAAAACGUUUUUAUUUAUACAUUUGCGAAACACAAGAAUACUUCGAGCCCAAUAAAAUAAAACAAAAAUGGUUAGCCGCAGCUAUAGCGUCUCAGAACACGGCCCCAUAGAGCCAGGGGGUAAUUUCAAGAAGUCGGUCCCAUUACCAGGUCCGAAGGACUUUCAGGCUGAAACACAGAACGGAUCACAAAACAAAUACUCAUACUUGGAGCUGUUCCGCUACACUACAAUAUGGGAUCGCUUGCUUAUAGCUUGCGGUACUGUUAUAGCCUCAAUAGCUUCAAUAUGUAUACCAUACAAUAUGAUCAUCUACGCUGAGUUUACGACAUUGCUCAUAGAUCGCGACGUUGGUAAUGGAACAUCCACAUCAGCACCGCUUUUGAGCAUUUUCGGUGGUGGCAGGAAGCUUACGGAUGCGAGCCUCGAAGAAAAUAUGCAAGCAGUUAGAGAGGAUUCGUUAGCUUUUUUGUUAGGCACCGUCGCUGGGAUUAUAGUGCUGAUGAUACUUUUGGCACUGUCAGUCAAUAUCAUAAAUAGUGUAGCACUCAGACAGAUAUCGAAAAUUCGCAAGUUGUUUUUGGAAUCAAUAUUACGUCAAGAUAUGACUUGGUACGACACUUCCUCGAGCAAUACAUUCGCCAAUAAGAUGGCUGAGGACUUGAGUAAAAUGAAGGAUGGCAUGGGCGAAAAAUUGGCGAUUUUCGUAUUCCUUGUAAUGACCUUCGUUACAGGGGUUAUUUUCUCUUUUAUCUAUGGCUGGCUUUUAACAUUGGUAGUACUUACCUGUGGCCCAUUCAUAAUUAUUUCUACUGCACUGGUUGCCAAAAUCCAAAGCACAUUCUCAGAAAAGGAACUCAAGGCUUACUCAGAUGCUGGCGCCGUCGCCGAGGAGGUAUUCUCGGGCAUACGUACCGUCUUCGCAUUUAGCGGUGAACGCAAGGAAACUGAACGAUUCGCCAAGCUAUUGGUGCCAGCUGAACUGACUGGUCGGAAGAAGGGUUUAUAUUCUGGCAUUGGCGCCGGCCUUAUGUGGUUUAUUAUUUAUGUCGCCUAUGCAAUUGCUAUUUGGUAUGGUAUCCAAUUGAUAUUAAAGUACCGUUAUGAGGAUGAAAAGCUCUAUACCACUGCCUCAUUAGUGAUUGUGUUGUUCAGUAUUGUAAUGGGUGCACAGAAUCUAGGCUUCUCAUUGCCACAUGUGGAGUCCUUCUCAACGGCAAAAGGUGCUGCACAAUAUAUCUUUGCCACCAUCGACCGAGUUUCGCAAAUUGAUCCAUUCGAUGAAAGUGGCGACAAAUUGAAACAUGUUGCAGGGAACAUAAGUUUUGAAAACUUACAUUUCAGUUAUCCAGCACGGCCCGAUAUACAAGUGCUCCGUGGUUUCUCGUUGCAAGUGAAGGCAGGCCAAACAGUUGCGAUAGUGGGUUCAUCUGGUUGCGGCAAAUCAACAACACUCCAAUUAUUCCAGCGCUUCUAUGAUGCGCCCACUGGCUGUGUGCGUUUGGAUGGACGCGAUACACGUGAGCUCAAUGUAGGCUGGCUGCGUUCUCAGAUUGGUGUUGUCGGUCAAGAACCAGUGCUGUUCGCUACAACAAUUCGCGAGAAUAUACGUCACGGCAAGCCGACAGCUACGCAAGAGGAGAUAGAGCAGGCCGCACGUAUGGCGAAUUGUCACGACUUCAUCGUCAAAUUGCCAAAUGGUUAUGACACAAUGGUGGGUGAGCGUGGCGCACAAAUGUCUGGCGGCCAAAAACAACGUAUAGCCAUUGCACGUGCGCUUGUACGUAAACCAAAGAUAUUGCUUUUAGAUGAAGCAACUUCGGCACUAGAUCCCACAUCGGAGCGUCGAGUGCAAGAUGCACUCGAUUUAGUGAGCCAAGGACGCACCACGCUUGUGGUUUCACAUCGUCUUUCGACGGUGACAAACGCCGACUUGAUUGUGUUCGUAAAAGAUGGUGUUGUCGUCGAGCAAGGAACUCACGAGGAACUUAUGCGCUUAGAAGGACUGUACUGUAAGUUGGUAAUGAUAUCGAAACACAAAACAGAGGAAGAAGCAUUGGCGAAUACCUCGAAUGCAGUACGACAGCGCAAACAGCAACUGAAGGUACUGGUCGAUUCCGACGAAGAGGGUGAAUCGAGCUAUGAUGAAGCAGACGCUGAGAGUAUGGCGGGCAAAAAGAAAUCGAAAAAAAAGAAAAUCCAUGUAGAAAAAGAUAAAAUCACUUUUGUACAACUGAUGAAAAUGAAUGCGCCUGAAUGGCGUUACCUUCUAAUCGGCUGCAUAGCGUCCAUGUUGCACGGCGCUACAUUUCCCACAUGGGCUGUGCUCUUUGGCGAUUUUUUUGGAAUGAUGUCCGACCCCGAUGAUGCUUAUAUCACAAAGCAAUCUAUUUUGUUUUCCAUGCUGUUUAUCGUCAUCGGCACAGUAGCGGGUGUUGGCUCCCUCCUGCAAUCCUAUAUGUUCACAGCAGCGGGUGCAAAAAUGACUUCUCGCCUACGACAUGAUGCUUUCAGGGCGAUAAUUAGCCAGGAAGUCGCCUAUUUCGAUGACGAACGUAAUUCGGUGGGUGCACUGUGUGCUCGGCUUGCUGGUGACUGCUCGAAUGUGCAGGGUGCAACAGGUUCGCGCAUCGGUAUUAUUGUGCAAGCUGUCUCCACCCUUGCCAUUGGCGUGGUUAUAUCAUUCAUUUAUUCGUGGAAAUUGGCACUGGUGACUUUGGUGACGGUGCCAAUCGUGUGCGUGUCUAUAUAUUUCGAAGCAAAAUUCAUGGAAGCAAGUACGAACACCGAGAGAUUGGCCAUAGAGAACGCUUCACGUGUAGCAGUGGAAGCUAUCGCUAAUAUACGCACAGUAACAAGUUUGGGACUGGAACGCGAAGUAUUAUUGCGAUAUUGUGAGCAAAUUGACAAAGCUAAUAACGCUUGUCGCCAAAAGGUGCGCUUCCGUGGAUUGGUGUUUGGUUUGGGCCAGACCGCGCCGUUCAUAUCGUAUGGUAUUUCUUUGUAUUACGGCGGUAUUUUAGUUGCGGACCGGGAAGUACCUUAUCAGGAUAUUAUAAAGGUUUCCGAAGGUCUCAUAUACGGCUCAUGGAUGCUUGGUCAGGCCUUAUCCUAUGCGCCUGAUGUAAAUGUUGGUGUGCUUUCAGCUGGACGCCUCUUGAAACUAUUUCAACGUGUACCCACUAUGCACAAUCCAGUAGACAAACCUUAUACCACGCCUAUGAAAUCUGAAGGUGACAUUACUUACGAAAACAUCGACUUUCACUACCCCAACCGCAAAACCCUACCCAUUUUGCAAAAUCUUAAUUUAAAUAUUAAAGGCGGCACCACAGUGGCAUUAGUUGGACCUUCAGGCUCUGGCAAAUCUACCUGCGUUCAGCUGUUGUUGCGUUAUUAUGACCCAGUCAGGGGUACAGUCAAUCUUAGUGGUGUUCCAACCACAGAAUUCUCAUUCGAUAUGUUGCGUUCUGGCAUGGGCCUAGUUUCACAAGAACCAGUUUUAUUCGAUCGCUCAAUCGCCGAGAAUAUCGCUUAUGGCAACAACUUCCGCGAUGACAUACCGAUGGCGGAAAUUAUCGAAGCGGCCAAGAAAUCAAAUAUACAUGAGUUUAUCAGCUCCUUACCCCAGGGUUACAACUCUCGAUUGGGUAGCAAAGGCGCGCAACUAUCGGGUGGUCAGAAACAGCGUAUUGCCAUUGCGCGUGCCAUGGUGCGCAAUCCCAAAAUAUUGAUCUUGGAUGAGGCUACAUCGGCGUUGGAUAUGGAGAGCGAGAAAGUGGUACAGGAAGCGUUAGAUGCGGCACGUAGCGGACGCACGUGCCUAACCAUUGCACAUCGCCUGACCACAGUUCGUAAUGCGGAUCUGAUUUAUGUGCUGAAAAAAGGGUGUGUGAUCGAGAAGGGUAGCCAUGAGGAGUUGAUGGCACUGAAUGGCAUGUAUGCAGAGCUAUACAUGAUGCAGCAGGUAGCUUAAGCAGGAUAAUUUUUUUCUAAUUGGUAUUUUAAGUAUUUGUUUUCCUUGUUAAAUCGAAUUGUUUACGAAAUGUUUACUUUACUUUAUCACUCUUGAACGAGCAAACUUGGUAAAUAAAUGUAUAACUAAGUUUAUAACU